AGUCACCGCCUGCAGCAAGUGCCAGAGCUAAGGCGGGCACCGCGGAGGCUGUGGUGGCAGUGGCCGCCGAGCUGGCCCUGCGGGGCCCCGGGGGGGAGGGGGAGCCGCGAAGCCCCCGCUGAGGCCGCCGCUGCCAGGCCCCUCUCCCCCCCUCCCCCCGGGGUGGGCGCCAUGCGGGGGGGUCCGGCCGACGCGGAGCGGCGGCCGCGCUGGGGGCGCCUAUUCGAGGAGCUGGACAGUAACAAGGAUGGCCGCGUGGACAUGCACGAGUUGCGCCAGGGACUGGCCCGGCUGGGCGGGGGCGACCCGGACCGCGACGCCCAACAGGGCCUCUUGCUAGAGGGUGGCGCUGACCCAGAUGGCGGGCUGGACCUGGAGGAGUUUACCCAAUACCUGCAGGAGCGGGAACAGCGCCUGCUGCUUCUGUUCCACAGUCUGGACCGCAAUCAGGACGGUCACAUUGAUGUCUCUGAGAUCCAGCAGAGUUUCCGAGCUCUGGGCAUUUCCAUCUCCCUGGAGCAGGCAGAGAGAAUUCUACACAGCAUGGACCGCGAUGGCACCAUGACCAUCGACUGGCAGGAAUGGCGUGACCACUUCUUGCUGCAUUCGCUGGAGAACGUGGAAGACGUGCUCUAUUUCUGGAAGCAUUCCACGGUCCUGGACAUUGGCGAGUGCCUGACUGUCCCCGACGAGUUCUCAGAGCAGGAGAAGCUGACCGGCAUGUGGUGGAAGCAGCUGGUGGCUGGUGCAGUGGCGGGCGCCGUGUCGAGGACAGGCACAGCCCCUCUGGACCGCCUCAAGGUCUUCAUGCAGGUCCAUGCCUCCAAGACCAACAGGCUGAAUAUCCUGGGGGGCCUACGGAGCAUGGUCCGAGAAGGGGGUGUGCGCUCCCUGUGGCGUGGCAAUGGGAUCAACGUGCUCAAGAUUGCUCCUGAGUCAGCUAUCAAGUUCAUGGCCUAUGAGCAGAUCAAGCGGGCCAUCCGAGGGCAACAGGAGACACUGCACGUGCAGGAACGCUUCGUGGCUGGGUCCUUGGCUGGCGCCACAGCCCAAACCAUCAUUUACCCCAUGGAGGUGCUGAAGACGCGGCUGACCCUCCGCCGGACGGGCCAGUACAAGGGGCUGCUGGACUGCGCGUGGCGGAUCCUAGAGCAAGAAGGGCCCCGCGCCUUCUACCGCGGCUACCUGCCCAAUGUGCUGGGCAUCAUCCCCUACGCGGGCAUCGACCUAGCCGUCUACGAGACGCUGAAGAACCAGUGGCUCCAGCAGUAUAGCCACGACUCGGCUGACCCGGGCAUCCUCGUGCUCCUGGCCUGCGGCACCAUCUCCAGCACCUGUGGCCAGAUAGCCAGUUACCCCCUGGCCCUGGUCCGGACCCGUAUGCAGGCCCAAGCCUCCGUCGAGGGCGCCCCCCAGCUCUCCAUGCUGGGUCUGCUCCGCCACAUCCUGUCCCAGGAGGGCGUGCCGGGCCUCUACCGGGGCAUCGCCCCCAACUUCAUGAAGGUCAUCCCGGCUGUGAGCAUCUCCUAUGUGGUCUACGAGAACAUGAAGCAGGCUCUGGGGGUCACGUCCAGGUGAGGGACCCAGGGCCACCCCCACUAAGAUCCCUCACCUCAGUCCUGGCGUCCCCCACACCUCAGCCACCGAAGACAGAUGGCCCAGCCAGUGGAUUCCAGGGGCCCCCCACUUAACCACAGGAUCCCAUAUUUUAUCCACUGGGUACUGCAUUCCACAUCCCAGCUACUGGAUCCCAUUUUCCUGUCCCCACCAACCCAUCCCUGCCCCCCCACACACACACACUGGUCCUGGACCACAUGUCUUAACCUCGGGAUCCCCCACAGCCCAGCUAAUGGAUCCUGACACCCCAACCACAGGAGUACAUGUCCCCCAUAUCUAAACACCCAGACCCCAGCUCCCGCAGGCACCAGAUCCAGUGUCCUCAUACAGCGCUGGAUCCCACAUCCCCACGCUUCAAGCCUUGAGUCUCCAAGCUCGGCUGCUGAAUUCCGAAUACCAAGAAACCUCAGCCAACAGGUCCUGACAGUGCAAUGUCCAGAUCCUGGGGCGCCUGCCACUGGAUCUCAGAUCCCCUCAUCCCAGCCACUGGAUUUUUUAAUUCCUUUACCUCGACCUUGGGUCCUGGAUCCCACUGCUUUGACUGAUGGAUCCCUACAUUUCAACCACUACAUUCUCAGCCCCCAACUUACCGGAUCCCAGAUCCCCAAACCCUGACCAGCCAGAUUCUGGCUACUAAAACCACAGUCGCAAGAGCCCAUUGGCAGAGUGAAUGGAUCCUGGCAACUGCAGCUGUUGGAUCCCCAACCCCUUCACCGCAGGCCCCGGAUACUGAAAUCUCACUUAUAGGAAACAGACCUGGGCACUGCCAGGCACUGGAUCCCAACCCCUUAGCCCCUGGACUCUGACCCGAAUCCUCCCAGACUCUGGCUCCCAAACGCUCAGAUCCCAUGCAUAGAUCCCAAUAGGCUGAUCACAACAUCCUGGAUUCCACAUGUCCCCUAUCCUAGACACACCAGAGCCCAGACACCUCCUCCACCAUGACACGAACCUGCCUGGGUCGGGACCUGCUGGGACCCUGGGUUCUGGACUCCUGGUUUCAGAAAACCCACGGGACUUGUCCAUUGUCCUGACAUGCUAGACGUCCCUCUCACACCUUAUACACACUGGAUCCACCCCCCAUCCCCAUCGUGGCUAUGCCUCUGGGCCCUGUGGGACACUGCUCCCCCCUCCCCCACAUCCCGCCGUGUCUUCCGCUCCAUUCUCGCCUUAUAAGCUGGUAACCCCCAGAGCCUGGGUCCUCUGCAGGAUCCAGCAGCUCUUGGGCGCUGGCAAGGAGGCGAUCUGAGGCGGGGGCAGGGGGGACACAUUAAGGGGACCUCUGCCCAACCCCAGCACUGCCAGCCUCUUCCCAGGCUUCGAAGACGGAAGCCAGGAGCGAGUCUACGCAGACCACCCUUCCCUAAACCCAAGUAUCCAAUUGUGCGAAAUGAACCGAACCCCUAGAACUCAUUCCAGGUCUAUUUUUCUAUGGAGAGGAGCAGACUCCCAUCCUCCCACCCCUCUACCCUCACUACUAACCCAAGCCGCCAGCCCCCGCCACGCCCUCUUUCUAUACUUUAUAGUGGGGUUCUGAGCUUAGGAUAACUGGAGGACCCCUCCCUCCACCUCUCCCAAGUCCUUGGGGAAACCCCUUAAAGGACUGCUGAAGAGGAACUGGGAUGUUUGUGGGGGGUAGAGGGCCCCCAAGGCUUCCACCUUUCCCCACCUACACCGUACCCCACCUCCCUGCCUGUAUGUGUUAUUUCAGAGGAAGAGAACAAAAGGAAUACAUUUUCAAAGCUCUUUCAUUGUGUUUUUUACUGAAAAAGUAUGGGUAGAUGUGGGACUCCCUCAGACUACCCACAGGGAAGGGACGGGGCCGUCUUGUCACUCACGGUUUGAUCCUCAGUUUCUACAUCCGUGAAACGGGGCCCAGAGGAAGUCCGUGUUCAGGAGCCCUCAUUUCCCUGCACCGUUUCUAUAUCGCAAGUGUAUUUGCUUCCUGGGGCUGUCGUAACAAGUUACCGUGAGUGGGGCUGAGACAUCAAAACAUAAAUCUUAAAACACCAUA